CUCGGCAAUCUAUUUGCUGCGGAAUAGACAAACCGAUAUGGCGUCUGCUUUCAAGAACCAUGCGGCUCGCAUGGCUGGCGGGGUCAAACAAUUUAAACCUUCAUUUCCCGAAAAAUUGAAAGGCGGAAGAAUAGAGAAGAUUGCCGAUUACUUCAACAUGAUCUUUCAAGACUACAAAACAGUUGUUGUUGAGACUAUUCAAGACAUUAAGAAGUAUCCAAUGAAGUCUUCGAUUUACAUUUCAACACUUGCAGGACUUGGACUAUUGUACAAAACUAACCCCUCAGAGACGAGUUUCAGAACACGGCUCAUUCACAGCUCACAAGAUUUACUGCUUGUAGGUGAACCUAUUAGAAACCCAACCUCUGACAACCAUAUCCAGGAUCUCGCUUUAACACUGAAAGAUGGUAAACUGAGGUUUACAAGUUUAGGAAUAUUAACACUGGUCUGGAGGACACAACAUAGCCACUGGUCUGGACUUUAUGAUGCCCAAUGCAAACAGUUGAAGCCACAGUGGUCAGAGUUUCAUAAACAUGUUGUGGAUGUGGGUGUGCUGGGCAAAUGGAUAUAUCUGGAUAAAGCUAUGAUUGACUAUGACAUCAACCCUGAAGAGUGGGAUGAGGAUGGGAGGAGUAAGCAUGUGUGAAUAUAAUCACUGUGUAUACUCUUUACUGCAACCAUAUGCGUGGUUUGUUUUGUGAAAAUAUUUCAUGAAAUUCACAAAGUAUGAUUUGAAAAUUACUGAAAUACCUGAAAGUUGAGGUGAUUGAUGGUGAUGAUCAAAUCCUUCUUAUUGUUUUCGUACACCAUAGAAACAGUCUAGUAGGACUUGUGAUCAAUUCAGAAGAUUAAUUUAUACCAACAAGAUGUAAUCUGACACCUGCUAAUCAAAAGCCAUGUCU